AUGACAAACGUCUCCUCUGCCUCGUCGGUCACUGCUGCCGACUUGGAGGCUCAGCCCGCGCACUCGGUUAACAAGGUCUCCUAUUUCCAGCAGCUCACCGAUCAAGCUGGCGUUACCGAUGCCGUCCUCAAACAUGAAUACCCUGGCCAGGGCACCGAGAAGAGCCCGUACCUAGUCGAUUUCUUGCCCGAAGACUCCUACAACCCCAUGACAUUUGCACACGGCCGCAAAUGGAUGAUCACCAUUGUCCACGCUUGGGCAACACUUGCACUCGCCUUUGCGUCCUCGGCCUACUCAGGCGGUUUCACCAGUCUCCGCCAUGACUUCCCCCACGCCUCACAGGAAAUCAUCAUUCUCGGUGUUUCCAUGUUCGUCGUUGGCUUUGCUCUCGGUCCCCUCCUCUGGGCUCCUGCGUCAGAGAUUGUUGGCCGCCAGGUUAUCUUCUUCAUCAGCUACCUUGCCCUCACUGCUUUCAAUGCUGGCGCCGCUGGCGCUCCCUCAAUCGGCGCCUUGAUCGUUCUCCGCUUCUUCGCUGGUGCCUUUGGCUCCUCUGCUCUCACUAACGCCGGUGGUGUUAUUGCCGACAUGUUUGAUGCCUCUGAACGAGGCAUUGCCACAUCCAUCUUCGCCAUGGCACCCUUCCUGGGCCCUGCUAUCGGCCCCAUCGCUGGAGGAUUCCUUGGCCAGUCCGCCGGUUGGCGCUGGGUCGAAGGACUAACUGCAGCCUUCACGGGUCUCUUCUGGAUCAUCAGCACCGUCACAUACCCCGAGACCUACGUUCCUGUUCUCCUCCGCAAGCGUGCCAUCGAGCUGUCCAAGCGCACAGGCAAGGUCUACAUUGCCCGUAUCGAUGCCGACCAGCCUAAGCAAUCUGUCCGCCACCAGUUUUCUAUUGCGCUCUCUCGUCCCUGGGUUCUGCUCUUCAAGGAACCUAUUGUCUUCCUCAUCUCCAUUUACAUGGCAAUCAUCUACGGCACUUUGUACAUGUGCUUCGCCGCUUUCCCCAUUGUCUUCGGCCUUGGCCGCCACUGGACCCCAGGCGUCAGCGGUCUUGCCUUCUGUGGUAUCGCCGUUGGUUUUGUUGCUGGUACUGCGAUGAGCAUUUACGACAACAAACGCUACAUCAGAGUUGCCUCCAAAUAUCCUGCUGGAAUGGCUCCCCCCGAGGCCCGUCUCCCUCCUGCCAUUCUCGGCUCCAUCUUCCUCCCUAUCGGUCUAUUCUGGUUUGCCUGGACAAACGGACCGCAGAUCCACUGGAUUGUCCCUAUCAUUGGUUCUGCAUUCUUUUCAUGCGGAAUUGUUCUUGUCUUCUUGGCGUCCUUUGUCUACCUCGUGGACUCCUAUGUCAUCUUUGCUGCGUCUGUUCUUGCAGCCAACUCUGUCCUUCGAUCUCUAUUUGGAGCUGCAUUCCCUCUUUUCACGACCCAGAUGUACGAUGCUCUCGGUAUCCACUGGGCCAGCUCUAUCCCUGCGUUCCUCGCCCUUGCUUGCCUGCCUUUCCCGUUCCUCUUCUGGAAAUACGGCGAUAAAAUUCGUGCCAGAUGCGAGUAUGCUGCGGAAGCUGCCGCUGUUUUGGAGAGAUUCAGAAACCAGAACGUGAAACUUACCGAGGAUGAAGCUAUGGAUGAGGCUGCAGAAAAGGAGCACCAGAAACACCGACACCAACCAGCUCAGCAAGAGCAAAUGCUGAGCCCAAUGAAGACGAACGAAGAGAGCUCCAGACAGUGA